AACUGCUGAAGUGGGUCCAGCAGUGUCACGAAGAUGAUGAGGUUCCUGRAGCCUGAAUUUCUAACGGCGAUAAACUGUCGGGGCUGAGCGUGGUUAGUGCAGAAAAGAGGCAGCUGAGAGGGGACCUUCUUSCUAAUCCACACAAAGAUUUCCAAGGGUGUCAGAGAAUGGUGCCAGCGACAGGAUCAGGAGCAAUAACCAUGAACUAAAACACAACAAGUUCCACUGCAAUAUGAGGAACGUCUUUCCAUGGAGGGUGCCAGAGCACUGAAAGAGCUGCCUGGGGAGGCUGUGGAGUUUCGGUCUCUGGAGACAUUCCCGAGCCACCUGUAUGCCCUGCUGUGUCCCCUGUCCGGGUGACCCUGCCYGGCAGGGCUGGCACUUGGACUGUCCACAGGAGCCUUCCAAGGGCAGCACUUGUGACAUUCCGCGAUUCUGUGACGCCGCGGGACAGUGGGGGCGGCGGGCGGAGCGCGGCUCCCGCCCCUCUCUCCCUCUCUCCCUCCCUCCGGCUCUCCUUUCUCCCUCCGUCCUUCCCUCCCUCCCCUCGCUGUCUCCGGGACACGCCGGGGACGCGCCGGUGCCGCUCCGGCCAUUGCUGAGCCCUCCCUGCCACCAUGAGCGUCCCGCAGCCCGGAUUUCUUCCAACGUAUAACAGUCUUACAGACAAACACCUGGUUGGAUAUUUCAACAAUGCCAGGAUAAGACGACAUCUUCAGAAAUCAGGACUGAUCUCAAGGAGUGGAAGGAUCAUACCUGAGAAAGAAUACCGCCUCAAUGCCAUGAGGAAGGAGCACCAGRGAUACGUGAGGGAGUGUUUGGCUCGUGCCAUUCUCCAGAAGGUGCUGGACAUGGAGCGUCACCAUCAGCUGGAGAUAAAGAGGAAACUUGAGAGUUCUGCGAGGAAAGAGAGGAUGCAGAAAAUCAAGAUGGAGCAGUUCAGAAGAUCGCUGGGAGAUGUUUUACCUCUGCACUCCCCACAUCCACCACUCAGUCCCAGAAACCCCCAUGGGCUCAUUCCUUUGGUGGCUGCAGAACGAGCUGGCCGUUCACURUGGGUGAGUUCCAUCCAUCCCAGGGACUCUCUGGAACAAGGAGAGCUGCAAAUGUGCCCAUGGGCCUUAGUGCAGAGCAGUCACUGCCUGGAAAAUUCUGGAUUAGAGCCUCACCCUGGGGCAUUUGAGGCUGAUUUCCUGUUUGUGGGCUGUGUUAAAGAGAACCUCCAGAAGCUAGUGCUGCAGGAAUGGCACAUCAGAACUUAGAGAAAAACACCAACCAUUACUCUCUGAUAAAUCUGUUUCAGUCUUUCCUUUUUAGUUACCCCAUGACCUCAGGUAG